AGUAUAAAGAUGCAAAACCAAAAUGAUUUGAUAAAAAAAAAACUGUACAACAAAAUUCCACACGAUGUUAAAAUGCAGGCUGCCGUAAAAUUUAUAAAUUGUUUCUAGACUCUCAGAGUGAACACUUUCCUGGAAUUCCAAAGGCAUUAAAAAUGGAUUCAGAGAGAGAGCGAAAUGUUGCUCAUUGCGAAGAGUCACGGAAGGCAACAUCUUUCUGGCACGUGGAUAGAGAAAUGCUCAGAUUCAAAAUACAUUUCUUCUUGUUCAUUGGAGCGCUUUCUGCAGCCAUCCCCUUCAUAGUUGUCUUCGCCAAGGAAAGGCUGGGACUGUCCCCCUCAUCCCUGGGAGCAGUGCUCACAGCCCAAAUGUUUCUCUUCAUUUUCACCAAACCUCUUAUUGGAUACAUCGCUGAUUACUUCAACAGGUUAAAAUCCAUCAUUGUAGUCUUAACUGUCACCAUCGGGGUUUGCUACUUCUGCUUGCUUGCAAUCCCUAAAUUCGAGCGAGAACCUUCCAUUACAUUUUCUCAAGAAGGAAUGCUUCAUGCAACUUUCUGUCGCACAUGUGAAGAUCUAUUUAAGUUCAGACAUGCUGAAGCUAACUUUUCAAUGACAGAAAUGUUAAAUAAUUAUUUCAAUACUCGAAAUGAAUCCUGCCAGCUAUGCUCUCAAUGUACAAUUUGUACUCUGAAUGCUACAAACAAAUCUUUCUUCAAAGCUCAGAAUUUUUUGAAUGAUUCAUAUGAAUACAGGCAGAAUGAACAAAACAAUAAUGGAAGAAAAUUAUCUAUAGUUUGUUAUAAAGAUGAUUCGAUAAAUAUAAGUUUGUGCUCAUGUAUUGCUAAUUCUUCGAAGAAUUUCAAUAGUGAUUGCACUAAAAUAUUUUGUUCGGAUAUGUGGUAUAUCAAGGAGAAAGGUCACUAUUUUAAAAAUAUUUCAGCACUGUUUCCCAAGCUUUCAAAAAACCUUACGGAGUUAUGCAGCUUUCUAAAUGCUUCAACAAACCUGGAAGUACACCGAAAUAUCCCACAAACAAACAGUAUGAACGAUUUCCAAACGAUGCAGUUCUGGAUAUUUGCUUUCCUUUUCUCACUGUCCAGCAUCUGUGGAAACGCUACAUUCACCCUAUCUGACACCGCGUGUUGUGAAAGUAUCCAGAAAAACGGUGCCGACUUUGGCAAGCAACGCAUGUGGGGAUCCGUCGGCUGGGGGCUCAUCGCACCCAUCGCCGGUUUCCUCAACGACUGCACCGACGAUUUCCUCUAUUCUUGGAUACUGAUGGCAGUCAUGUUGCUUUUCUUUCUGGGCAACUUAUCCACUCUGGACCUUCUCAAACCUCACUAUUCGACAAACAUUCUCGGGGAUGUUGGAAAAGUUUUAAAAUCAAAAGAGUUUCUUGCUUACGAAUUAGUGAUUUUCAUGAAUGGCAUUUCAACUGGCAUGAUCUGGUUUUAUUUGAUAUGGUUUUUGACUUCCAUCGGUGGCAGCGAACUCCUCUGUGGACUGUGCAUUGCAGUUCAGUGCUUUUGCGGAGCUAUACCGUUUAUGUUUUUCUCCGGCUGGGUCAUCCGAAAAGUCGGAUGUUUUCAGAUUCUGAGCGCUGCCUUGUUGACGUACGUCGUUCGUUUCCUUUGGUACAGCUACCUCUACAACCCCUGGUGGGUCCUUCCUGUUGAGUGCUGUCAUGGGAUCACGUACGGACUGUAUUACACGGUCUUGGCUCACUACGGAAAGAAAAAUUCGAAACCGGGUGCAGAGGCGACAACACAAUCAAUACUUUUCAGCACGCAUGAAGGAUUAGGUGCUGGCCUCGGGUGUGUUCUCUCGGGUAUUGGAUUCGACUAUAUUGGAGGACGCGAGACUUUCUUCGCUGCAAGCAUGUUCUGCGGAUGCGGAUUCAUCAUCAGCAUCGUCCUAUUCAUCACCAUCAUUAGGCAGAAAAGGGCAGAAGAAAUCACUGCUACGAGUCACACGCGUGAUGCGAAUGCUGCAGCUGUAAAGUCAUCACAGCCGGCAUCAAGAGACACACUUGCUUAAUCUAUUUCAGUGUUUUCAAAAUCAAACAUAAUAUUACAACAUAGAAUAAAUGCGGGGUUUUUUUUCUGA